GGGCCUAAGCGGGGCCGAACAGAGGGGAGAACAGGGAGCGGCGUAGCGCAUGCGCGCAUCCGGGAAGGAGCCGCCGGAGCCGAGCAGGGGAACGUAGAACGGAGACUCGUAAGGCGCUGGCCGCUGGCACCGAUUCUGGAUUUCAGAAUUGCUACCUUGCCAAUGGACCUGAUUGGUUUUGGCUAUGCAGCCCUUGUGACAUUUGGAAGCAUUUUGGGAUACAAACGGAGAGGUGGUAUUCCAUCUUUGAUUGGUGGUCUUUGUGUUGGAUUUUUGGCUGGCUAUGGAGCUUACCGUGUCUCUAAUGACAAACGAGAUGUAAAAGUAUCACUGUUUACAGCUUUCUUCCUGGCCACGAUAAUGGGUGUGCGAUUUAAGAGGUCCAAGAAAAUAAUGCCAGCUGGACUGGUUGCAGGCUUAAGUGAGCAUGCAGACUUGUCUGGCAGGUUGGCAUACAGGGAUAAUGAGACCAUCCUUACCCCAAGGACUGGAAGGUGGAGCAAGCCCUUGAAGCCAGGUCAGGUGAGCAUAUGACCCCCUCUAUCUUAUGCCAUGUAAGAAUGACCUUCCUUUGUGCCUUUCUUUUAUUUUAAUCCAGCCUCAUGAUGAUUCUGAGACUUGUCUUACUGCUGAUCUGAGAGUCUGAGGAGCUGAGAACUGAGUUCAUGUCAUUCCACCGUAGCUGGCAGAGCAAACUCUUUGUAUUUAAAAGAUAAAAGUCUCUACAUGAAAUACCAAGUGUCUUCUUUUAUGUUACAGACAAAAGUAACACUGUCACUUCUAAUGUGAACACUAGUUUUGAAGUUGUUUUUUUGUUUGUUGUUUUAAACAAUUCUAACUGUCAAGCACUGUUAUCAUUAAGGGGGCUUAAGAGCCAUGAUGCUCAUUCAUUUACUGCGUCUAUUUUAUGUACAGUCAAUCCUCAGUAUUCACAGAUCCCAAUUUUACGAAUUUGCCCACUGGCUACAAUUUAUCUGUAAUCCCCAAAUCAACGCUCUAGGCACUUUUUCGGUCACUUGUGGACUUACACAGGGAGGCAAAAAAUUUGAGUUGACCCUGCUAGCUUAACCAAAUAGGAAACUCAAACAAAAUCCUUUGAUGUACUUCGAAGAUAUCCAUUAAUUCUAAUGUAAACCCUAAUGGUGCCCAAGAGGUUGUUAUCACAAGCAUGGCUUGGAAAAGCUGUUGUCACUAGGGUGCUCCCCUUACCUGCCAGCUGUCAAAGAUGACUCAGAAGAACCUUCAGAUUCCGAUUGGCAAGAGCUUAAACUAUGAUUCGUCGGAGGCAGUGGUAGUUUAGUGGUAGAAUUCUCACCGUCUGUGCAGGAGACCCAGUUCCGUUCCCAGCGAGUACAUGUCAUGCAUGGCCACCACCUGUCCGUCAAUCAGUGUAGGCUUGUGUGUUGCUAUCAUGCUGAACAGGUCGUGCGUGGGGUCGCCAUGAAUUGGGGCUGGCUCAACAGCAGCUAACAACAACAUGGCUAUUAUACUGCAGUAGAAACUAAACGUGAAAUUGACCAAAGAAAUGUAUACUGUGUUUCUCGGUAAAAAAAAAAAAAAAAAAAAUUAAUAAAUUUAAUAUACUCGUUUAAUGUAUGUUUCCCUUCCCUCUUACCCCACCCUACCCACCCACACACACGUCAACAGCUGCUAUUAAUGGCAUUUCUUACAUUUGAUUAUAGUUUAGAAUUGAAAAAAUAGGGUCAUUGAUUUUCUUUUGCUAAGUAAGUUUCUCUCGGAGCUCCAAGUCCCCCAUUUUGAACAUGGAUUCCUACUGUGAAAUACUUAGUGGUUGAAAAUUUAAGAAGCAAGUGUGAAGCUGUACUGUGCCCUGGACCUCUCCCGAAAUGUGGUGAAAGUGGGUGAUGGUGAUGUAUGUGUUUGUUUCAAGAAAUCCUGAACAUCUAUCUGUUUGCUUAUGAGUUUAUUCUUUUGCAAUAAGUAGAAUGCUAAGGAAUUCUUAUUUGGAUGUUUCUGAUUAAUAUUUGAUUGUCUUAUGAGAAAUAGAAAAAAGUUCUUUGAUUUACAGACGGGAUUCCUGAUAUCCUUAUGCGUUCAUUACUUUAUUUCAAUGGCCUUGUGAUAUUUUGUGGGCACUGCUACAGGUGUAUGGUGAAAUAUUUACUGAAUUCCUUAGAGCUCUUCAUUUGUUAAUAGUCAGCUAUUACAGCACCCAUGUUUUUAAGAUACAUGCCAUUUUCACAGUUGAAUGUUUUUUUCAUAGUCUCCAAGGAUUCUUCAUCCAAGGGGGGCUUCCUCUGGCUCCCAGGCUGGAGGAAUUUGUUAAUUGUGGGGAUGUGGCUGACCCUGGCCUUGAAUUCCUAGGAUGCAAAAGGAUAUUAUCCAUGAGAGAAGACUGAAGCAAAAUAAACCAAGUAAAAUGUAAAUGGGGGUGGUACAAAUGGUUAACAUGCUUGACUGCUAACUGAAAGGUUGGAGGUUCAAGUCCACCCAGAGGCACCUCUGAAGAAGGGCCUGGUGAUGUACUUCGAGGGGAAAAAAAAAAUCAGCCAUUGAAAACCCUGUGGAGCACAAUUCUACUUGGGUACACAUGGUGUUGCUGUGAGUUGGAGUCAACAGCAACUGAAAACAAAAUUCUAAAAUGCAAGAGGGCAUUAUCCAUGAAAAAAGAAUAUAGCAAAGUAAACAAAGUGUAAUAUAAAUGAGGCACAUUUUUGCAUGUGGGGAAAAAUAUUUAAAAUUUAUAUUCCCACUGCUGGUGGAGGUGGAGGUAAAAUGGGAUUUCCAUAUAUUGGGUGGCAUUGCACAAUGAUACUAUCCUUGUAGAAAGUAAGUUAGCAAUAUUUCUCCAGAACCACAAAAUGUCCAGAGGCUGUAACCAAGCAAUCUUGUUUUUAAAAUUGUGCCCUAUCGAUAUAAUCUUACAUGUGGAAAAAUCUGUACCUGUGAAGAUGCCUUUGCAAUGUUAUUUAUAAAAGAAAACAUGCCAGAGUAGCCUGAUAUUCAACUAAUAGGAGAAAUUCCUCGUUUUUCUUAUGUCAUAAGCAUUUUUUCAUGUUGUUACAUAAUCUUUGAAAAUGUAACUUUAAGUGGCUGCAUAAAAUUCUACCUGAUACAUGUCUCCUUGUUUGUGUGGAUGUACCUCAGAUAUUGCCAUUUAGGUCGUUGAUGACUUUUACUACUAAAACUUAGGUUAUUCUGAGCACAAUCCAUGGAAUAUUAUAUAAUCAUGAAAAAUUACAAAAGUGUAUGUAAAAGACUAUAUAAAAAUGAGACAUUAAAUAACAAUAUCAAAACAUGCUUAUAAUAUAGUGUGAGGUAGAAAACUGAGGGUGCAGAAUUGUCAUAACUCUGAUUACAACUGUUUUAAAUAAGCAUAUUUUAAAAGAUGGCAAAGGAACCCACAGAUGUAGCAAAGUGUUUUAGAACUCAGGCAUCAGACAGACUGAUGUUUGAGUCCCAGACCUGUCACCUGCUAACAGUGUGACUUCAGGAAUGUUAUUUAACCCCUCUGAGCCUUGUUUCCUGUCUAGUUUGAGAAUGGAAUGAAUUCAGUGAGGUAAUGUGCGUUCAGUGCUUGGUACAGUGCCUGGGCUAUAAUAAGAGUUCAGUCAGUGUUUAUUGUUCUCAGGUAAUAGCUGUGUUAGGAUAUUAUCUUGUUUCCCCCCCAUUUUAUCUAGAAGGAAGCAACUUUUAUUGAGGUUCUACUACAUUCUAGGCAAAGUCUUUGAUAUUGAUCUUUGACUUAUGCCCUGCAAGAAGCCUGCCCCAGAUUCCCAGGGUGGUCCAGGUGACCCUCAUCUGUUUUCUGACAUUGUUUUAUUUUUUAAUUUACUAUGUUAUAUUGAAGCUAUCUGUCCAUGUCUUUUCUCCCCCUCCCCACCCCAGGUAUGUCCCUUUAGAGUACCUUUGUAUCUCUAGCACAGGUUUUGGAUAAAGAAAUUAGUGGAUUCUUAAAUGACGAUAAAUUCAUUCUCCCUGCAGUUCUUAGAAGCUAUUGAGAUAGCAUUACCUGCAGCAGAGGGAAACCUGAGAGGACACUGGGUUUGCACUCUUCAGCCAUUAAGAUGACUUCAAGGAGCUGUAUGUCAGCCCAGCUCAGCCGAUUGCCCACAAGAAAAUCUUGCCCAUGGUCUCUUAGUGCCUGCAUGAUAGUUGAGAAGGAGAAGGUAGAAGAUUUAGGAUCAUAACUAGCAUAAAAUUUAAAGUCAGCGUGAUUUGACAGCAAGUCUUCUAAAAGUCCAGAAACCUGGUUUCUAGUCUUUGCCGCUGGCUAGCCGUGUGACCCCAAGCAAACCUCAUUUUUCUGGAGACCCCAGCUUGUUCAUCUGAAGGAGGUUGGAAUAUUUUUUUUUGUAUAUAUGCACACAUAUAUAUAAUUUAUUUGUUUUUGAGAAUAUACACAGCAAAACAUACACCAAUUCAACUAUUUUGCAUGUACAAUUCAGUGACACUGGUUACAUUCUUCGAGUUGUGCAACCAUUCCCAUUUUCCUUUUCUGAACUGUUCUUCCCCCCAUUAACAUAAACUCACUGCCCCCUAAGCUUCCUAUCUAAUCUUUACGAGUUGCUGUUGUCCCUUUAAUCCCAAUAGAUAGAUCUUAAAAAGCAUAAUGCUCAAGGUAGACAUUUUUUACUAGUUAAGCUAAACUAUUGUUUGGUUUUAAGAAGAUUUUGGGGCAUAUUUUUGGUUUAAGGUUUAAAGAUUAUCUCAGGGCUUUGGUUUCAGGGAUUCAUCCAGCCUCCAUGAAUCAAGAAAUCUGAAUUCUGUAAGAAUUUGAAAUUCUGUUCUGCAUUUUCCCCCUUUUGAUGAGAAUUCUUCUGUAGCAUCUUUGAUCAAAAUGUUCAGUAAUGGCGGCUAGGGAGUUUAGAAUAAUUUAAAUCCACCCAACGUAUUUUGAGCAUGGGAAUUACCUUGGUCUUGUGUGCUUCCUCCCCUCCCCCCAUCUCCUUGCACCUACCUUGUGAACCUCUAUAGAAUGACUUUACUCCAUAGCUUGAAUUUGUGGCUUCUCCAGGUACAUAAAGACAUUCUCUCCUUGCACCAUCUGAGGGCAGGGUCCUGAGGUUUGCUGCUCUUUGAAGACACUUUGUUUGCAGGGAGAGCAUCAUUCUCACAGGGACCCAAGCCUCGCUUUUCUAAACAAAUGUCCUUCUAAUAAGGCUGUGACAUAUGGGUCACUUAGAGUCAAAAUCGACUGAAUUGCAAAAUGAAAGAUUGGUGUAGUAGAUCACUAAGGUAUGCUGUAGCCCUGAAACUCUAGGAUUUUGUGAUACUUGGGCAUAGGAUCAGGUGUUGGAGAAAUUUGAAUGCAAGCUCCAACUUUAUUAGUUGUAUAACAUUGGGCAAGUUACUUUGCCUCUUUAAGUUCUGGUUGCCUCCUCUGAAAAUGGGGAUAACAACAGUACCUAUUUGAUGGCGUUUUUAUGAAGAUUUAAUGAGGUAAUAAAUGCAAAAUGGACAGCAUUUUGAGUCAUCACCAUCAUUAGUACUUUGUUGAUGAUGUCGCUAUUAUUACUAUUUUUAGCCAUGAGCAAAGUCUCUGUACUUCAUAGGACUGUACAACAAACACUUGAGUCAUUGGAAAUGGUGGGGCACUAAACAUCCAUUCCAUUGUCAAUAUUAGUAAAGUUAUAACAGAAAAAUCUCUCAAAUUAUAUGCUGAGUACAAGUGAAUAUAUUGUCUUUUAAAUACUUUUGAAGCAAGUGAUGUGGAGAAAACCUGGGGUCUGGAAUAUUCAUGGUUUGAUCUAUUUUGGUGCUACGGACCUGAUAACUCACUAAAUGCAAUCUAAAGGAAAGGUAUGUCAAGUACAUAUUUAUUAAAUAAUAUGUAUUAUAUGAUUUAGGUCCUAAGAUUGUUGAGUGUGACACAUAUUUAAAUUAUGUAUUAAAUCAUUCAAUUAGGACCAUCCUUUAACUCAAACCAGAAAGGAUGGAUUAAACCAGUAUUGCAGGUGGGUUUGAAAAACUCAUCAGUCAUUUUUUUUUUUUACCAAAUUUUAACAUCUUCAUCUUGUACCACAUUCACCCAUAUUGUAAUGAAUGCACCUGGAGGUCAAAAGUAUCGAUAGCUCAACAAGACAGCCAACCCUGGUGGUGGGGAUGGCACUAUUUACUUAAAGCUCAAGUUUCCCCCCACCCCCGACAUUAUUUUUCAGCUGUUAAAAAUGCAGACAGAUGAAAAAUACAGUGUUUUUUAAAACACUUUUUCUUAACUUUUUAGAAUAUUGCAUGGAAUUCUGCUAAGGUUUGUAAACUACCCUAAAGCCCUAAUAUUACCCUAUGUAUUUUAGAAAUAAUAUCCAUUGCCCCCCCACAACAGCUCUCUAAUUAGUAUGGGAUCCCCUCACCCCAAAUCCUGAUUAUAAAUGGCUCUAUUUUACUCCAGGUUGUAUCAGAUAAAUCUGAAAUUCUUCUAUCAGCACCAGAACUACAAAUAGUGAUGAAGUUAAGGCAUGAAAUCUUGAAAAAAAAAAGGAAGGGAGGGAGGGAGAAAGGAAGGGAGAAAAGGAAGGAGGGAAACCCAGAAGACUAAGGCAGGAAGGAGCAGGUCAGAUGUAUUUUAUAAUUGCAAUUGAAGAAUUUUGAGCUUUCACGAAGUGUUCUGGGAUCUUUCAUCCACCAAUAAAAUUCUUCCUCUAAUUUUGUUUUUCUCCCCCUUGCUCUAAGUCAUAAAGGAGGGCAGAAGUUUGUUGUGUACCUUCUCAUAAACAGGAAAGAAUCUUUUAGUGGCUCUUUCGAGAAUGUAGUCAAGGCUCAUUUUCUUCUCUUCAGGCAGAGAGAAUGGAAAGAGCAUAAUCAUAUCAUUCAGGUCCUUCAAGCCUUCCACAUACAUGUCGAUCCUAGAGAGAGAGAGUGAUGAGAAAAAAGAGUUUGCAGAGAAAGGGAACUAUUCUUGAGCCAAAGAAACAUUUUAAGCAGUGCCGCAGUUCACCUGCGUAGUUACCAGGGGUCUCAAUGUUCCACGAGCCAAGUUUUUCUAUCUGCAUGUUGUUUCUCUGGAUAUUAAGAAAAAUCUGGAAGGUAGGAAAAUUAUAGGACUAAAGUGUAUUAAUGAUGAUGUGUGGAUGUGUGAAUGUUAACAAUGAAAGGCUAAUGUUGGAGUCCCUGCAGAUGGUUAAUACAGUUGACUGCUGACCGAAAGGCUGGAAGUUCAAGCCCACACAGAGGCACCUCUGAAGACAGGUGAUCUCCUUCCAAAAAAUCAGCCACUGAAAACCCUGUGGAGCACCGUUCUACUCUGACAUACAUGGGCCAUCAUGAGUCUGAGUCAAUGACAACUGGUUUUUUCCUGGUAAGGUUCAUGUUAACUAAAACACAUACAUACAAAAUAUUAAAAUAACCCCCAAAUGGUAAAUUAGGUAAAGAUUGUAUUUUGUUAUUUAAAUGUUAUAAUAAUGGUGAAAUAAUUUAUACUGACACAUGUAGAGGAAGGCUUCUAUGCUGCCAACCAUCUCUACAUCCAAAUUGAAAGUUCUCAAACUUAGUAGGCUAAUUCAAUGGGGCACAGAACUUACCCCCUAACAUCAGCUUACCACUUGAUGCCACUCAAAUCUCUAUGGCAGAAUGAAUGGAAAGAUGGGUACUAUGUUUGGCAAGGCAUCGUGGCAUAAUGAAAAGAGUGCUGGUCUGGGCAUUGGGAAAUCUGAGGCCUGGUCCAAUGAAAGUAUCUUAAUCUCUUUGAACCAUAGUUGCUUUAACUUUAACCUAGGAUAGCAAUGGGUGUUUGUGGAAGGUUUACAAUGGCCUCAGAUUCUUUACUCCUACUCCCAUUGAGAGUCAAAGACCUCUCCCCUCCUUUUGAACCUGAGCAAGGCUUAGUGACUUGGUGGACCAAUAAAAUGUGGUGAAAGUAAUUUUCUGAGACUUCCAAGGCUAAGUCACAAGAAACCUUACAGCUUCCACGUGGGCCUCUUGGAAUGUUAUCUCUAAGAGAAGCCAGAUACCAUGUAAGAAGUCCGACCACCCUGAAAACUGCAUGCUGUGAGGAAGCCUAAGCUAACCACAUGUGGACAGAGAGAGAUGCCCAGCCAGCCUCAGCUGUCCCAGCCCUUUACUCGUAUGUGCCAGACGUUAGAGUGGAGAACUGCAUGAGUGACACUGGGUGAGAACCACCCAGCUAAGCCCUGUUAACUCACAGAACUGUGAGAGAAUGUUCCGCAAUAAAAGAUAACCAUAGAGAACCAUUCUGAGAAUCAAGGUUGUUGUGGGAUUACAUACGUGAAAAGUUUUAAAAUAUAAAAUUUUCAGCGCAUAGAAAGCUUUAUAACAGUGAUACACCAAUGAAGGCAUUUUAAAUAUUAAUUCAUUUUCAAUUUAUAAACAUUAGUUCUGUUAAUAUACCAUAGACUGCCAGGAGAAUGCACAGGUCUGUCUUGGAAGAAGAACAGCCAGAAUGCUCCUUAGAAGCGAGGAUGGCAAGACGGUGUCUCACAUACUUUGAACACGUAUCAGGAGGGACCAGUCCCUGGAGAAGGACAUCGUGCUUGGUGAAGUAAAGCAUCAGGGAAAAAGAGGAAGACUCUCAGCGAGAUGGAUUGACACAGCGGCAGCAACAACAGGCUCAAACAUAGCAAGGAUUAUGAGGAUGGUACAGGACCAGGCAGUGUUUGGUUCUGUUGUACAUAGGGUCACUUUGAGUCAGAACUGACUCGAUGGCACCUAACAACAACAACAACUGUUCUGACAUGCGUUAAAAGGAACUAGGGUUUCUUAGAGAAAUGGCUGAUCCCAGGUCUGGAGCAAGAGGUGUAUAGGAUUAACCUGGAUCAUCAUGUCACACCAAGUAACAAGGAAGCUACCAGAGACCACUGGGGUCAGAUCAAAAGUUCCUAGGAGCCACUUGGUUCCCACUGGGCAAAG